GUAACUUGAUUGUGCCUCUUCAAGUUUCUUUUGAAUUAAGAAAUAUUCUUUAACUAUGCAGCACUCACAACAACCCAAUAACAGAUUCACUGUCAACGCUACCAAUCCGAAAACAAGCAAAUCAUCUUCAUCGGAUUUAUCUACUUUGUCCCGAUUUAAGGAUUUGACUGUAACAGUACAAAAAUCCCUCGAUGAGAGCUCCCUCCACAACUCGGACACUCCGAAGGAUAGUGGCAAUGAAAGCGAAACCGAAAUAGAACUUACCGGAUACCGUCGAAUACGAACGGUAGGGCAAGGUUCGUUUGGAGUUGCCGUACUGUACGAACGACAAGUCGACGGCCAAGUGGUGGUCAUGAAGCAAAUCAACCUAUCCGAUCUGACCAAAUCCGAGCGGGAUUUGGCUAUGAAUGAGGUGGAAGUGUUCUCCAAGUUGCAUCAUCCGAACAUUAUCGCCUAUUUGGGAAGCUUUGUGCGGGGGGAUUACCUGUUCAUAGAGAUGGAGUUUGCAGAUAAGGGAACUCUGGCUCAGAUAUUAAUCGAGAAAAGUCACGGUGAGCGUCUACCGGAGCGAUUCAUAUUGAAUAUUUUCGAGCAGAUUUCGAGUGCAAUCAACUACAUGCACUCGCAGAAUAUCUUGCAUCGAGAUUUGAAGACCGCUAAUGUAUUUCUGAACAAGCGAGGGAUCGUGAAGAUCGGUGAUUUUGGCAUUUCGAAGAUCAUGAGCACAAGAAUCCAUGCUCAAACGGUAUUGGGCACUCCGUAUUACUUCAGUCCGGAGAUGUGUGAAGGUAAAGAGUACGACGAAAAGAGCGACAUCUGGGCCCUGGGCUGCAUUGUGGGCGAGAUGGCCUGCUUCAAAAAAGCCUUCACUGCUUCGAAUCUUUCGGAACUGGUUUCAAAGAUUAUGACAGCGAAGUAUGUUCCGCUACCGGAAGGCUAUUCGGACACGCUGAAGCACGUUCUAAACCUAAUGCUUCAAAUAAAUCCCGCGGAUAGACCAUCCGCCGCCGAGAUCCUCCAGUAUUGGAUCCCACUCAUUUACCGCAAUUUAGGUAAAAACGAUGGCUUCAAAUACGUUGCAAUCGAUUGUCCAAGCAAAAGUUCGACGAUGUCAGGAGCAAAAGAUCAAACCAAUUCGUCGUCAACUACGGCUCCCCUGAUGAUGGGAACAGCUACACGAGAUUACAUGGAAGCGUCCACGGCUACCACCAGCAAUUUGCCUUUGGUAGAGCGGUCAGUACUGUAUCAGCUCAAAUCAUUCGGAAGUUCGACCAGUUUGACUCCACUUCAACUGCCGCCGGCUGGAAAAAUCCGGCAAAUCGCUACCAAUGGGACACACUUCGUAGCCGUUAUGUAUGAUGGUUCCGUAUUUACGUGGGGCGAAGGCAACAAGGGCCAACUAGGCCACAAUGCUCUGGAAACGUGGCGUCACUAUCCAACCAGAGUGGAUGCAAUACAGCGGUACAACGUAGUCGGAGCUGCUACGGGAACCGGUUUCACAGUAUUCUGGACCAACCUGGGUGUUGUCUUGAGCUGCGGUGACAAUUCCUCCGGAUGUCUCGGUCAUGGCAAUCAGAUCUCGCUGCUGGUUCCAAAGAUUGUUCAAAAGUUGAACAACAUUCGUAUCAGCCAGGUGGCCUGCGGUGCGCACCAUGUGGUUGCCCUUUCCGAUCGAGGCCAUUUGUACACUUGGGGAUCGAGCAAUGAUGGUGCGCUGGGACUGGGAAAGCAGAUGUUGGCCAGUGCUGAACCUCGGCGGUUGAUCGUUUCGCAGAUGAUUCAGGAUAUCCGGGAGAUCUACUGUGGACCGGAUUGCACGGUGAUUUUGACUGAAAGCGGUUCAUGCUACUGCUGUGGAAGCAACAGGUAUAAUCGACUUGGAUUUGGGAUGAAGGUUACCCAGAUGACUGCUUUGCAAAAGGUGACGUUCGUCGAGAAGAAGAUUUUGAGUGUGAGUGUUGCCGAAAGUUUCGGGACGUAUUUGAUCGAGGGGAACUAUGUAAUCACGACUGGGGAGAACAACAACGGCCAGCGAGGUUUGGGUCACACAGAGGAAAAAUCCGAGCCAACGGUGGUGAAGAAUUUACUAUCGCGCUUUAUUACGAAAAUAAAAUGUCUUUCAACAUAUGUGGUGGCAACCUCGGACGACAAUUGCGUUUUAUUUUGGGGCACGAGAUUAGGUAUUCCGGAAACUGACAUAAACGCAUCUUUGGAGAACACUUCAAACAACAAUCAUCCUAAUAGGGUACCUGAAAGUUCAUCGAUUGGAAACAGCACAGCAGCAUUUACAAACUUUCUAACAUCGGUUUACAAAUACGAAACUUUCUUGGAUCCCAUCGAUAUAUUGGCUCUCUAUUCAUCUAAACAACAGCAGGAUAAAGGAAGCUUUGUGAAACUGGUAGAUAUAGUGUUCUGA